AUGGGUCAGGUUCAACGCCGCUGCUGCUCCGGCGAGGACCGCAUCAGCGGCCUCCCCGACGAGCUGCUGCACGUCAUCCUGGUACGCCUCGGCUCCGCCCACGCCGCCGCGCGCUCCAGCGUGCUCUCCCGCCACUGGCGCCACGUCUGGGCGCACCUGCCCGAGCUUCGCCUCGUCGCGCCGCGAGAGGCAACGCCAGCAUCGUUCAUCAACACCGUCGACGCUACCCUCGGUGGCUACUUAGCACCUACCCUCGAGCACCUCGGCGUCUCCAUCUCCACCGAUGAACUAGAUCGUGACCUCGGCAUCCCGGCCGGACGCAUUGCGCCGUGGCUCCACUUUGCAGUGGAGCACGUGGUGGGCGAGCUCUAUCUCUAUCUCCGUUUGCCUCAGUGGUUCGUCCAGCCGGAAUCCGUAGUCAUCCGGGAGGAGGUAGUUCUCGAGCUUCCCGUGUGUGAACGAGCAAAACAAAUCCGGUUCUUUGUUGCAGCAUAUGCACUUGCAACGUGGCUCCGCCCCCAAGCAUCCGGCCUGUUCAUGGCACUGACGUGCCUGAAGAAAGGCGGCUAUGUCCGCAUGGAAGGCAGCGAUAUCACAGCCCUUGUGUGCACGCAAUGCCCGUGCUUGAGGGACCUGAGUCUUUCCAUUGAGCUGAUUGUCAACUUUGAUGUCUCCAUAAGCUCCAACUCGUUGUGCACAAUGGUGCUCCACGUCUCAGAAACAAGGCGGCUAGAGGUUGUGGCCCCAAAACUUGAAGAGAUCACAGUAAUUAUUCAGCCAAUUGAAGCUCAUAUCUCUGCUCCGAAGCUUGUCAAGGUAUCUUGGCAUGGUGCCUAUGACCCUCAUCUCCAUCGGUUUGUUGAUGUUGGCCGCACCCUCCAGCUACUGAGAACUUUCUAUCAUGUAGCAACGCAUGGACGAAGCUUCUUGAAUGAAACAAAUAAGCUGCCCAAAUAUUCUCAUGAACAAAUGCAACUUGUGGAGUUCCUAUCCUGCAAUGCAGGAAACCUGAAAAGGUUGCUCAUCAAGGACGAUUUUUGCCAUAGCCCCAAGGAUCUACGUGAGAAGUUCCAUAGCAUAUGUCAUCCAAAUGUUAAAGUUGAAUACUAUUCUCGCAAGGGGAGGCAGGUGCCCUUGAUUGAAUCCUGA